UUUUUUAUUUUCCACGUCCUCCUGGAAAUCUACUUAUCAGCGGCGGCAGUUUGGCAACGUAUUGCACUAUUUUUUACAUUUUACAGUCGGUUCUCGGGUGUUGCCCCUUACUUGCUGUAGUAAUUAAUAUUAGCCUACAGUCGGCGACGAUUAUAAUAUUUCGUCCAGCCAGCCGCCCCCGCAUCGGCCUGUCGAGAGACGAGAAUAUUACUAGAAAUCUUUAUUGGCGUAUUUAUUAUUAUAGUGUUUACGUUUCGCCAAAACUCGACGCGAAAGACCCAAAACGCAGCUCGUGUUUUCAGUUUUCGCGAAAUCUCAAAUCUGACGCCGUGGCGGCCGACGGUCGACACUGAAGAAGGUUUCUCCGACGACGGACCAGAGGGACGACCGCACGACGCACGCGCGCACCGCACCGCACCGCAACGCACCGUACCACACCACAACGCACGCACGCACGGCGACACGGUAGCGCACGGAGUACGGACACACACGAGUACAACACGACACACCACACCACAGUCCACACCACACACAGCCCGAGUGCCCGACAGCCGUCUGUCCGCCGCAGUCGGUGAAUUCGCUCGCAAACGUCUGAUCGUGCCGACCGUGCCGCCGGACGAAAGAUGCUCAUCAAAGAGUUCCGUGUAGUGCUACCUCUAACAGUUGAAGAGUAUCAAAUUGCUCAGCUGUACUCUGUAGCCGAAGCCAGUAAAAACGAAACUGGUGGUGGAGAAGGUAUUGAAGUAUUGAAAAAUGAACCAUUUACCAAUUAUCCCCUUUUGGGUGGAAAAUAUUCAGAAGGGCAGUAUACUUAUAAAAUUUAUCACUUGGCCAGCAAAGUACCUGGAAUGAUAAAACUUUUGGCACCUAAAGGAGCUUUAGAAGUUCACGAAGAAGCAUGGAAUGCUUACCCUUACUGCAGAACCGUGAUUACAAAUCCAAAUUAUAUGAAAGAAAAUUUCAGUAUAGUCAUUGAGUCGUAUCAUAUUGCUGAUAGAGGUACACAAGAAAACGUUCAUGAAUUAUCUCCUGAAAAACUAAAACAGAGAGAGGUACAAAUCAUUGAUAUUGGUAAUGAUCCUAUUUCAUCUUCAGAUUACAAAGAAGAUGAAGAUCCUAAAAAAUUUAAAAGCCAAAAAUGUGGACGAGGUCCUCUCCAAGGAAAUUGGAUUGAAACAGCAAGCCCAGUUAUGACUUGCUAUAAAUUGGUAUCUGCAGACUUCAAAUGGUUUGGACUGCAGAACCGAGUAGAAAACUUAAUUCAAAAAUCAGAACGUCGUCUGUUCACUAACUUCCAUAGACAAGUAUUUUGUUGGAUGGAUCGUUGGCAUGGGCUAACGUUGCAAGAUAUUCGUGAAAUUGAAGAAAAAACUCGAGAAGUAUUAGACAGGCAACGGAACGAAGGAACUGUUAGGGGAAUGAAAGCAGAUGCCGAUUAAAACAUUCUUGAAACCUCAAUAUACCAAUCCAAAUGCCUGAAAUCGUCUUGAAAAUGAAAAUUAAGCCAUAUUUAUUCUAACACCAACCAAAUUGAAUAAAAACAAAAUAAUACCAGAUCUAGUAAUUUUUAUCACUUAGUCUAAUUUUAACUAAAAUUUUACAAAUUAUAUUAUACAUUUUAUUCUAAAACAACAUUCUUACUAUAAAUAUAUUCAAAAAUUGUCACAAUAUUUCUUAGGGAAAUUAGUUCGUUUUAAAAAUACUGCAGUUUAUAGGUACUUACCAAGUUUGUUUUUAAAAUUGAUUAUUUCUUUUUGAUAAUUUAUUGAUUUAUAGAAAGCCAAGUCAUUCCACUUUCUAUUUAAUUUGUUAUCCGUUCUUCCUCUUAUGUUUUUACUUAAUAAUUGGUAUAUGGAUUCACAUUUUUUGUGAGUAUUCAUGGUGAUUGUAUACAAUUAAUCAUAGUCAAAAUCGGUUUUUUAGUUAUCAAAAUGAUUAUUAAUUAUCUUAACAAAUGUACAUUUGUUAAACAAAAUAAAAAAAAAAUGUUGCGAAAUUCGGAGAUUUAAACUUUAAUUAGGUUUUAAUUUUAUGGUUACCAUGUUUAAAAAUAUAUUUAAGCAAUACACGUACACGUGUACAAACAAUAUUGUAAUACCCAUUUCGUCUUUAAAAAUUUUCAAUAUUAAUAGUUAAUUCACUAAAAUGUUUAGAAAAGUUUACAAUUUAAAACUUGACAAUAAUAGCAUUAUAUAAAUGCGUUAAUUAUUUCAAAAUGUAUUAAAUAAUAAUUGUUGAAAAUUAGACUAGUGAAUUUCCAUGUCAUUAAAGUACAAAUUGCAGUGAUGUAGAGUGUAUACUGAUUUUGUCAAUAGUGCAAACAGGAUUUGUACUUAUUUUACUAUUCAUUGGCAAUAGUAUAAUAUUAUAACAAAUAGUUUUUUCCCCAAUUGGAAAUUAACUUUAGUAAACUAGUGUAAAAUAAAAAUCGUUAAAAUUUUUUAUCUGAGAAUGCUCGUAAUACAUUAUUUUGACACGUUAUUUAUUUCACCAAGUAUUACCAAAAUGUAUUACAAGUAAAUUUCAGUUGUAUAUUGUAUAAUUAUUCAUAAUAGUUUCUCUAUAUUGUAAUAUUACCAUUUAAGUUGCAUUUAUAUGUCUUUGUAUUCACAAUUUUGAUAGACGUGAAGUUUGCAUAUAAUAUAUUUGUUUUUCUUGCAAAGUAAUCGUAUCUCAUAAAUUAUAAAUGUAAAUAGCCAUUAAUGAAAUGUGAGUUGCUUAUGAGUUAUGACACAUUUUAUUGAUAAUAAAUUUGGAAACAAAAAAUUA